AUGGGAGUUCUUAUUAUUGUAUUUGUAAUUAGCAUUAUUAUAGCGCAGAACAGUUCUUUUGCUGUGUCGCAGUUCGCAACUACCAAGAUAUUACGCUACAUUAAUAGAGUAUCAAAAGCUCCAUUUUCUAAUAUGGUUGAUCCCAAAAGAGUGGUCAGUUAUGAAGAUAUGCUUAAAGUCAUUCAGCAGCCCGAGAAAGUCAUAAUUGAUGUUAGAAACCCCGAAGAAGUGAAAUCUACUGGCAAGAUUCCAUCUAGCAUUAACAUUCCAUUAAAUAAUGUUCAAAAUGCACUAGCAACAAUGUCCGAGGAGGAAUUUAAAAAGAAGUUUCAGAGACCUAAACCAUCCUCAUCUGAUGAGUUAAUUUUCUAUUGUCAAUCUGGGCGUCGCUCUACUGAGGCUUUGGAUAGAGCACUCAAACUUGGAUAUACAAAAUCCAAGACAUAUUUGGGAAGCUGGAAUGACUGGUCUAGCAGACAGCAGUAA